AAAUGAGGGAAUCAAUAUUAGUGUUCUGCAGAGCAAAGCCAAUAGACAUCCCUUGCACGCAUUCAGCUGUGUUACGCGAUAAUGUACUGCAAACGGAAACUAAAGGGGGCUUUUGUUUACGAUAGUCUGCCCUCAAAAACUCCAGGCGGGUCCGAGGGUCCUCGACAGAUCACCUUAAUGCAUGCGGACUCGGAUGACGAUGGUCCAAAACAUUUUGAAGCCAUCACUCGCAGGCGCUACGAUCAGCUGAACGCAAAGUGUGCGGAGCUACGCAAUACGUUGGCACGGCAGCGAGCGGCGACAGCGAGAAAAUUCAUGCAAGACCGGCGAGCUGGUGAUAGUAAAAAUACUCUGAUCGGGCCGGGAUGUUCCGCGUUUACCCGAUCCUCCGUACAUGUUCAAACUGGGCUAUUUUUGGAAGAGUUAACGGAACAGAUCGAGCAAGAUGACUUUGCCACACAAACGGAUUACUUCCUAGAUCGCCCACCAACACCGUUGUUUGUACCAGCCAAGACAGGGGUGGAUGUUGAAACACAGAUUUACGAAAAUGACCUGUUUGAUUUCGAACUGGAAGUCCAACCAAUUUUAGAGGUGCUUGUUGGCAAGACCAUGGAACAAGCGUUACUGGAAGUGAUGGAAGAAGAGGAACUAGCCGAUUUAAGGUGCCAACAAGAAGUGUUGCAAGAGAUACGCAAUGCUGAUUUGGCAGAAGUUGCACGCCUGGAGGACCGCAAUCGCCGCUAUGAGGAAGAGAAGCAGCGACGCCGGAAACAGUACGAGGAGGCUCGCCUUUUGGCAGAAGAAACGACAAGAAAAAUCGCCGCAAGAGCAUUUACGAAAGCGUACUUAUCGCCGCUGAUGAAGAGCACUUAUCAACAGCUGUUAGAACGAGGGUACUUUUAUGAUUCCGUGGAACAAGAUAUCGAAGUCAACUUUCUGGAACCCUUAUUGGAGGAUGUGGAAAGGUGUAUUUCGCAACAGAGACGUGCUCGAAUCUUACUGAAUGGACUCAUACGAGAGGCUGUCACUGCAAGACACCACGAAUUUCGUGAACUCGGUAGAUCAAUCCUAGAGAAGGAAUGCUUGGAGGAGGUUAUGCCCUUGGCUCGCACUGAAGUAGCCCAGUACGUGAUCGACAGAUCGACUCGUUUGGCACUUAGUCGCUUGGAACUUGCAGCCGCAGCCACUAGGGAAAUGAGGGAAGUUGUGGGAAAUGAGAUCUUCGGCGAUAGCUUAGACGAAGUGGCGCUGGAAGUUCAGGCACAAAAGGAGGCUGAGGAGGCGGCGGCAAACGCGGAGCAUACGGAGGAAGAAUUCUGAACAUUGGAAAUUAUUUGCGCGCGUGGGUACUUGACUGGAUCAGACUAAUCCACCAAGGAUCUCCGUGGGAUUAUCGGAAAUAGCUCAGUAUAUUUGUUGCCAUAAUCUACUUAUUUCGAUAAACUAAAACCGUUCUUCGGAUUACCGUUUUCAAGUACAACCAACUGGAAGUGCGAAAGGUUGGGUUUACUUGCUGCCAUAGAAGCUUUGACUUUAUAGCCCCGCACACAUAUUCCCUGUAACUGGUGCUAGGCUAGACCGCUUAUAAUGCUAAUUGUUGGCGCUCUA